CAAGAGUGAAGCAUUGCAGUGAAAGACGGACUGCAGGAAGCACGCACGGUAGUCUGCCACACAAUGCCGGUAGUUUAUGGAAAGCGCCUUAAAUGAACGUACUGUGUUAUGUUCCGUUUGUAUUUCCAGGGAAUCUGAAGCUCUAGGACUGUAACGACGUAGACUGAAUUCACUGCUAAUGUUUAGGCUUAAACGGUGAAUAUUCACCCGCCCAAUGUUCCACUUCGGGCUCACAUGUGCUCAGGAAACUCCGGGGAUGUGUUGAGGCCUGCAUUCUUCAGUUCCAAAACGCAACGGGGGUGGUGCCAUCAUGGCCGAGGACCCGCAGCGGAACUUCCGUUCUGCCUAUUAUGAGAAGGUGGGCUUCAGAGGAGUGGAGGAGAAGAAGUCUUUGGAGAUCCUACUGAAAGACAACCCACUGGACACAGAGAAGUUGAUCACCUUCUGCCAGAGGUUUCCACUGCCUUCAAUGUACAGAAUUCACGUGUGGAAAGUACUGCUCGGUAUGCUCCCUCCCCACAGUGACUCUCACCCCUUAGUUACCCGUUACCGGGCAGAGCAGUACGAGGACGUGCGUGGGGCUCUGGUUACCAUGCGCUUCGUCAAUGACAUGACGCCACUAACAGAGCUCCACCUCCGCAUGUUCCAGCUGGAGAACCAAGUGCUGCCCCGCUGCAGUGAACUAAGCCCAGAUGAUGUGGAUGAGGACUUCUUGGCCAUAGGCCAUGCCAUGGAGGAGCUGGUGGACGACCCAGUGGACUGUUACUGGCUUGUAAAGAACUUCGUCAGUCAGUUCCACAACAAGUUUGGAGACUCCAUACCCCACCUGCCGAAGAGUCUGGAGCACUUCCUGUCUCAGGAGGACAACGCUCUGCUGACUCAGCUGCGUUCCUCUGGUUGCCUGGCAACCCUGCCGUAUUCGCUCUGGUUCCAGCGCUGCUUUGCUGGCUGCCUGCCGGACACCAGUCUGCAGAGAGUAUGGGACAAAGUGAUCAGCGGCUCCUGUAAGAUCCUUGUUUUUGUUGCCAUGGAGAUCCUGCUGACCUACAAAAUCAUGCUGAUGGGCACGAAGCCUGAGGGCGUGGCCAACUUCCUGUGCAAUAUGCCUCAGGAGAACACAGACGCCAUUGUGACCAAAGCCAUAGACCUGUGGCACAAAUACUGUGGAACACCCAUGCAUUCAGUAUAACACACACACACACACACACACACACACAUGCAUACACACAAACCUGUUGUGCCAUUGUUUAACAUCGAAUUUACAUCUGCAUUAGUAAAGAGAGAAAAGGAAACUA